AUGGCCCGGUCACAUUCAUCAUCAUUCCAGGCACGUGAAAUACCCGGUCCAAUCGACCGCGACCUCCUUAAUCUCGACAACGACGACGACGACGACGACGACCAACCCUCCAACUUGACUUCUAGUAAAAUGUCAGAAUCGACUAAACCCAAGCUUGAGAAGAUCGCAGACCCCGAGGACGAUCUCGACGAUCUUGAUGACGUCCUAGAUGAAUUCGCAGAGAAAGCGCCAUCUGCACCACCGCCAACCGCAGCGACGAGCGAGUUUACCGCAACGUCGGGGAGACCGCGCACGAACACCCGUGUCGAUGCCAAACCAGCUUCGAUUCCUGGGGCUGCACCGUCUCUGGACCCAACAGCAGAGGUAGAUGAGGACGAGCUUUCGUCUGCGUUUGCUCGUGAAUUGGCAAAGGGUAUGGAGGACCUCAUGCGCGAAAUCAGCGGCGGCGAGCCGUCCGCAGCAUCCUCGUCUUCUGCUGGAGCUAGUGGGAGCGGUGCGAAUCCUUUGGGGGAGGACGACGAGACAACCAAGGCUCUGAAAGCCGCCUGGGAAGCUAUGCUUGUCGAGGGCAUGAACGGCAAGGCAGGAGAGGAGCUCCUUCCGUCUCUGGGUGAGAUCCUAGGGGACAAAUCCACGUCCGGUGCUGCGGGAGGGCCGUCUGGGGAGUCGAAGGUCGUGGAGGGUUUCCAGGAGAGGAUUCGGCAGGCCAUGGACAAGCUGAAGGAGUCGGAGGACAAGGCGCGGGAAGCGAGUGGGCAGGCCCCGUCCGGGGCGGAUGGAGGUCCACAAACGAUGGAGGAUUUGCUCAAGGGCUUGAGUGACCUUGGUCUCCAGGAUGGCGAAAACGAGUCGGAACUCGCUGGGUUCCUCGAGUCGAUGAUGUCCCAGUUGAUGAGCAAGGAGAUUCUGUAUGAACCUCUGAAGGAGCUCCGGGAUAGCUUCCCUGGAUACCUUGCCAACCCUCCAAAACCACUCUCGGAUGAGGACCGGUCUCGCUACGAGAAGCAGCAUGCCAUCGUAACGCAAAUCAUCGACCUGUUCGAGAAGCCAACAUACAACGACUCAGACCCAGCCUCUAACAAAGCCGUUAUUGAUCUCAUGUCCGAGAUGCAAUCCCAUGGAUCACCACCGACCGAGUUGAUGGGCGACCUCCCUGAAGGCUUCGACGGCAACCUCCCAGGACUGGACCCAAAUAACCCUGAAUGCACCAUCGCAUAG